AUGCCUGAACAUGCUGAAGAAAGAACAUGGAGAUCAUUGGUAACUCCCAGGAAGCUGAGCUUCUACUUGGCGUUCCACGGUUCUCACGUUGCACUGUUCAUCAUAGGAUGGUGGAAACAACAGACCAGCAAGGCACUGGCACCUCUCAACCUACUGACGUUCUCGGUGUGGAUAUCAAGAGGCGCGGGGCUGGUUCUCAGCGUGGAUGUCACUUUGAUCAUGCUGCCCAUGUGUAGGAACAUUCUACGAGUUUUCCGACCCAAGAUCAAAUGGCUGCCUCUAGACGAAUCGCGAUGGUUUCACAGACAGGUUGCCUACUCACUACUCUUUUGGACAAUAGUACAUACUACAGGCCAUUACGUCAACUUCUUCAAUAUCGAGCGGAUGCAGCUUCGCAAACAAGCAGCUGUUCAAGUCCACUAUACCCAAGCUGGUGGAGUGACAGGCCAUAUCAUGCUUUUAUGCAUGCUUCUGAUUUAUACCACAGCGCAUCAGAAGAUCCGUCAACAGUCCUACGAGACGUUUUGGUACACGCAUCAUCUGUUUGUACCUUUUCUUCUGGCCAUGUACAGUCAUGCUACUGGAUGCUUUGUUCGAGACACUGUCGAGCCCGUUUCGCCUUUUGCUGGAAAACAUUUCUGGAACCACUGUCUCGGAUACCAAGGCUGGCGAUGGGAGCUGAUCGGUGGCGGUCUGUAUCUGUUUGAGAGGAUAUACCGAGAGAUUCGCGCUCGCAGGCCGACGGAGAUCAUCAAAGUCGUCAAACAUCCGUAUGAUGCAGUGGAGAUCCAAUUUCGCAAGCCUAGCAUGCAGUACAAAGCCGGACAGUGGCUGUUUCUGAACUGUCCAGAGAUAUCAAAAAACCAAUGGCAUCCUUUCACCAUCACGUCCUGCCCCUUCGAUCCUUAUGUCAGCGUCCAUGUCCGCCAAGUAGGAGACUUCACUAGAUCUCUUGCAAAUGCGCUAGGUGCUGGACAGGAACAAGCAGCCUUGUACGGAGAACUGGAUCCUAUGGGAAUGUAUGAGGUAGCAUUACAGCAAGGACAGCAGAUGCCAACACUUCGUGUUGACGGACCUUAUGGCGCACCGGCUGAGGAUGUGUUCGACCAUGAGAUUGCCAUUCUCGUAGGCACUGGUAUUGGCGUCACGCCCUGGGCUUCGAUCCUCAAGAACAUUUGGCACAUGCGGCUAUCACCAAACCCGCCCAAACGACUGAAGCGAGUCGAAUUUAUUUGGGUGUGCAAAACAACGACAUCUUUCGAGUGGUUCCAGGCCCUGUUGUCCUCUCUGGAGAUGCAGUCACUAUCCAUGUCUUCACCGGUGGAUGUAAUCAAGCCGCCAGAGGAGACAGACGAGUUUCUGAAGAUUCACACAUAUCUGACGCAGAAGAUGGAUGUGGACCAGGCCAACAAUAUUGUGUUGAACAGCGUUGGCACGACGAAAGAUCCGCUGACAGAACUCAACUCGAGGACAAACUUUGGCAGACCAGAUUUCCACCGACUGCUAGGUGCUAUGAGGCACUCGAUUGAGAACGGAACGUAUAUCAGAGGGCUGGAGUCUAGGAGAGCCGAGGUUGGAGUGUAUUUCUGUGGACCAAACAUGGCGGCGAGAGGUAUACGAAGGGCAUGCGAGGACGAGUCUAGUCACGAUGUCAAGUUCCGGUUUUGGAAAGAGUAUUUCUAG